CCUUGUACAGUUGAGAAAUUCCAGACAGUCAGGAAUCUGCUGUUUAAAAGCUGCCCUCGGUGGAGGAGAACGCAGACAGAGGGAGAAACUGAGGGCCCCACCAGAGGGGCAGACAGACGACAGACAGACGCUCAGCAGCCUGUACCCUUUCUGCUUCUUACUAAGCUACAGAAAGCCAAAGGGACACAGGGUGCCGUCGCAAAUUGCCCAAGGCAUGAAUGAGUAAAGGCCCAGGAGGGGGUGUGUUUUGAGAGGCCGUCCUGUCCGAGAGGACCACACCUCCCCGGCCCCUGUCCGAUAAAAACUCUCCCGGGUGACUGUCGCAGAGCGGAGCUAUGCCCAGGUACACGGUGCACGUGCGCGGGGAAUGGCUGGCGGUGCCCUGCCAGGGCGCACAGCUCACGGUGGGCUGGCUGGGCCGCGAGGCCGUGCGGCGCUACCUGAAGAACAAGCCUGACAACGGCGGCUUCGCCUCGGUGGACGACGUGCGCUUCCUCAUGCGCCGGUGCAAGGGCCUGGGCUUGCUGGACAACGAGGACCUGCUGGAGGUGGCCCUGGAGGACAAUGAGUUUGUGGAAGUGGUUAUAGAAGGCGAUGCGAUGUCCCCUGACUUCAUUCCCUCCCAACCAGAAGGAGUUUACCUAUACAGCAAAUACCAGGAGCCUAAAAAGUAUAUCGAUUUAGACGGGGACAGCCUGACCACGGACGAUCUGGUCAGCUUGGGGAAAGGACACUACAAAAUAAAGCUCACUCCAGUUGCUGAGCAAAAGGUACAGCAAUCCAGGGAAGUCAUAGACAAGAUCAUAGAGGAAAAAACAGUUGUUUAUGGCAUUACUACGGGUUUUGGGAAAUUUGCCAGAACUGUAAUUCCUGUCAAUAAGCUACAGGAACUUCAAGUCAACUUAGUUCGUUCCCAUGCUUCAGGUGUUGGGAAACCAUUCAGUCCUGAAAGGUGCCGGAUGCUCUUGGCACUGCGGAUCAAUGUCUUAGCCAAAGGAUACAGUGGCAUUUCCCUGGAGACCCUCAAACAAGUUAUUGAAAUAUUUAAUGCCUCCUGCCUGUCCUAUGUCCCAGAGAAAGGAACCGUUGGUGCCAGCGGAGACCUUGCCCCGCUAUCUCAUCUUGCUCUUGGGCUAAUUGGAGAAGGGAAGAUGUGGUCUCCAAAGAGUGGCUGGGCGGAAGCCAAAUACGUCCUGCAAGCCCAUGGACUAAAACCAGUGGUUCUGAAACCAAAAGAGGGUCUGGCGCUCAUCAACGGGACUCAGAUGAUCACGUCCCUGGGCUGUGAAGCUGUAGAGAGAGCCAGUGCUAUCGCCCGGCAGGCUGACAUCGUGGCGGCCCUGACCCUCGAGGUGCUGAAGGGCACCACCAAAGCCUUCGAUACUGACAUUCACGCUGUUCGCCCCCAUCGAGGGCAAAUUGAAGUUGCUUUUCGAUUUCGGUCACUCUUGGACUCGGAUCACCACCCAUCAGAAAUAGCAGAGAGUCACAGGUUCUGUGAUCGUGUGCAGGAUGCAUACACCUUACGCUGCUGUCCCCAGGUCCACGGUGUGGUGAAUGACACAAUUGCAUUUGUGAAAGGCAUCAUUACCACAGAACUGAACAGUGCAACAGAUAAUCCUAUGGUCUUUGCCAGUAGGGGAGAGACAAUUUCUGGAGGAAACUUCCACGGUGAAUACCCAGCCAAAGCUCUGGACUUCUUGGCUAUUGGCGUCCAUGAACUUGCGGCUAUUAGCGAGAGGAGAAUCGAAAGGCUCUGUAAUCCUUCCCUCAGUGAGCUGCCCGCCUUCCUGGUGGCAGAAGGGGGCCUGAACUCUGGAUUCAUGAUAGCCCACUGUACAGCUGCAGCCCUCGUUUCUGAGAGCAAGGCCCUGUGCCACCCAUCGUCCGUGGAUUCACUCUCCACCAGCGCCGCCACGGAGGACCACGUCUCCAUGGGUGGAUGGGCAGCCAGGAAGGCCCUCCGGGUCAUCGAGCACGCGGAGCAUGUGCUGGCCAUUGAGCUGCUUGCAGCCUGCCAGGGCAUAGAGUUUCUACGCCCACUGAAAACAACCACUCCCCUGGAGAAGGUCUAUGACCUGGUGCGUUCUGUUGUAAGGCCCUGGAUAAAAGACCGCUUCAUGGCCCCGGACAUUGAGGCAGCACACAGUUUGCUCCUUGAGCAGAAGGUUUGGGAUGUAGCUUCGCCUUAUAUUGAAAAAUACAGGAUGGAGCAUAUUCCGGAGUCAAGACCACAGUCUCCAACAGCCUUUUCCCUACAAUCUCUGCACCGGAAAUCCUCCAAAAUCCCAGAGACAGAGGAUCUGUAAUGGGCUUCGUCGUGGGUUGAAGCAGAUGGAGUUCAGAGGAACACACAGCAGUUCUGUGCUGAAAGAGAGAGCUGGGAACUUACCUCGGUAGAUGCAGCUCCCCUAAAGCAUGACUUGGUGAGGGUGGUAGCAAGAGUAUAGUUGCUCAGUCCAGCACUGUGUUCUUGUUCCCUUAAUUUGAGAUGCACUGGGUGUUUGGGGUUUUAGGAGUUUUCUUUCUUUCUUAACAGUAUCAACCUAGCUAUAAUCACAUGGGUCUGUUUUUUAACUCUUCGCAUUAGACGUUUCAAAUUUGGAAACAGAUUGAUAGCAUUCUUCUCCAAAAAAUUCGAUUUUGUAAACAUUGCUUUCUUUUUGCCUUAAGAAGUUCCUCACUAGUUGACUUUCACUGAUUGUACUAUGCUGUAAUAUGACAAAUGUUCCUUAAUACACAUUCAAAAAUAAUCAUUCUAAACCACAAGUUGCUCUUAAGCUACUCUUUCUCCCAUUAGUUGAAUCACAAAAAAGAGUAGUCAGUAGGCCUUAAGCCGUUAAACACAGAGGUAUUAACACCCACAAGAAGUUUUAUGUAGAAAGGAGUAAAGAAU